AUGUCGGGAAACCAGUACCUUUGUCGCUGCUUCCUCCUCUGCUUCUUCCUCGUCGCGCUGCUCGCCGUCUCGUUGUACCUCACCUACCGCCCCAUCGCCCCUCGCUACUACGUCGCCGCCUUCGUCCUCAACUCCUCCGCCGCCUCCUUCGGGCUCUCUGUCGACAACCAGAACAAGAAGCUCGGGAUCUACCACGACGAUCUCGCCCUCGCCCUCUCCUUCCCUUCCGCUUCCCCCAAUUUCUCCUCCUCCGCCGUCGUCCCGGGCUUCUACCAGGGCCACAAGAAGACCGCCACUAAGACUGGCUCCUUCGCCGGAGGACGCGGGUGGGCGCCUCCCGCCAACCGCUCGGAGGUGCUACGGGUGGAUCUGCGGACGGAGGUCCGGUUCCAGGCGAUGGCCUGGCGGACCCGGCGCCGCGCGGUCAGCGUCGGAGCGGAGGUCGAGGUCGGUGCGAACGGUACGAUGACCGCGGAGGACUGGAUCCGACUACGGUCCGGUGCUCCGCGAGCCGGCUUCCGCCGCGGGGGUACUGGCGGGACUCCGCUUUUCUGGUCGAUCUUGGCCGUUGCUUUUUGCGGAUUCGCUGUUAUCGUUUUCUGA